CGGGCAUGUGUUCCGGGCAGGUAGAUGUGCCUUUCUUCCCAACCAUUUCGAACUGGGAUGAAGGCAUGAAUGAUCUUCAAAGCACAUCAGCACGAAGAAGAACAGCUGGUUGCUGCUCACGAGGCGCGUUUCUUCUUCGAGCACACCCGCCGGGGAACGUGCGGCGUCCUUGCUCUGCUUUCGGAUAUUGACUUGUUGUUCUUGUUCGCCCGGAUGAUCAGGAUGAUUACUUUACGACCGACCGACGACCGACCCAGCCCUGGGAUUCCCGAUUGAAGGAAUUCCUUUUUGGUGUGCUCUUCUUCCGAGGGAGCGAGCAGGUGAACCUUGCGACUGGGUUCGAGGUCGCAGCACAGUAUCCUUCUGGUGCUGCUAGCGGCUAGGAUCGUACAUCACACGAUGAGUCUGUGCGCAAACAUUAAGUUCCACGGGUAUUUGAUCGUGGUGUUCUCAGCCCUACUAACCGUCACGGUUCUAAUCAGCUCUGUUACCUUAAAGCUGAUCUAUCCCAACCAUCAGGAUGUGGACAACAUUCCAGCAGACUUUCAGGAUCUGAUCGAGUACGGCUGGUUCGACUUUAUCGGCGAUUUCGUUCAUCUCACCACGAUCGGCGUUCUCUUGUACGGCAUCAGGAAGGAGAAUCGCUUCUGUCUGAUCCCCUUCAUGAUAUCGAUCGUGCUCGACUGGAUAGUGUAUCUGAUCGCGAACACACGCAACGGCUCGGCGCUUCCCUACCAAGUGUGGCUAGUAACAACAGCGCUCUUCCUGUACGUCUUUGUCACGCUCAUUGGGCUGUACAAGUUCUUUCAACUUCAACCCAAAGCAGGCACUAACCGGUCGGAUGAGUUUAACAAAACGAUGUGUUUGUGAGGCUUUUUGUGUGUUUUCAAACGUACGUGUUUGAUGUGCAGUAGCGCUAUCAAAAUGUCGACAGGAAGCUGAUCAUGAUACUGUGAUACAGGGCACGGGGAAUUGGUGAUAGUUUUUACUGAAGAUUGCUUCCCCUUUGGUCGUGCAGUAGUAGUUUUUACACAUUAGUUUUAUGAGCAGAUUAAAAAGUGUUACAGCGAAAAAAAAAAAACAGGGAGUCCUUCUCUUGCGUAAGCGC